CGCAGGCGCAAUCCAUCGGUGCCGUAAAGCGAACCCGGAAGUCGCGCGUCCCUGCCAAAGGGACCGGUAGGAAUUUACCGCCCGCAAUGGGGGCGCCUUGCCGCCCCGUCCUGGCUCGGCGUGGCCGGUCCUCGCUGCUAUGGCCGCCGCUGCUGCUGCUAGUGACGGUCGGGGCGUUGCUGAAGCCCGGCCGGGCCUUGCAGAAUGUCACCUCGCAGCUCUUCGGGGCCGAGGCUUUCGGGACGCUGGCCGCCUUCGGGGACUUCAACUCCGACAAGCAGACCGACCUCUUCGUGCUAAGGGGAGAGAACGAAUUAAAUAUCUUCCUUGCGGACCAAAAUGAGCCCUACUUUAAGCCUAAAGUCAAAUUACUAUUAAGGGAUGUUGUGAUAACCAGUGUAGUUCCUGGUGAUUACGAUGGUGAUUCCCAAAUGGAUGCCCUUUUGACAACUCGUCCACAAGAACAGCCUGAUGCUGACCUAUCCAUCUGGAUUUUCUGGGGAAAUAAUCAAACUUUAGAUAAAAAUCAUAAAUUUGUAGCAAAUAAGACGUUUUCUGACGAACCACUAAUCAUGGAUUUCAAUGGUGAUUUAAUUCCUGACAUCUUUGGAGUUACCAGUGAAUCAAAAAGGCCAGAAAUACUAAUUGGCAGGAAUUUAACAUGGCACCAAAUGCCGGAUGCAGAACGGGCAAUGGUUAAGCCUCAUUCCCAUGCAUUCAUCGAUAUGAAUCAGGAUUUCACAGCAGAUUUGUUCCUGACAACGUUGUCCAAAUCUGGAGAACCUCAGUUUGAGAUCUGGGUGAACCAGGAUGGAGAUUUUGCCAAGCCUCAACACAUAAAGCAAAAACCGAAGGAUGCGGUUGUUAUAGGACAAUCAGUAUUUGCUGAUUUUGAUGGUGACGGGCAGACCGAACACUUGUUGCCAGUUUGUGCAGAUCCAGCUUGUCAAAAAAGUGUCAUCUACCUAUCUAAACCGGGACUGGAUGAGUGGUUUCCAGUGUUGCAGAAUUUCUCAGACGGCGUAAAUGUAUGGGGUUUUGUUCCACAUAGCAAUGAUCCGACCGCAGAUGAAAUUUCCUUUCCCAUCACUCUUCAUAUUGGAGAUUAUAACAUGGAUGGCUAUCCGGAUGCCCUUGCUAUACUGAAAAACACGUCAGGAAGCAACCAACAGGCCUUCCUGUUAGAGAAUGAAGAAUGUCGGAACGCGAGCUGCAAGGGCGCACGGCGGUCGUUUAAGGACUGGGCGCUGUCCGAUCUAAAUCAGAUCAAGAAUGCUAUGGUAGCCACCUUCUUCGACAUUUACGAAGACGGAAUUUUGGAUAUAAUUGUCCUCAGCAAGAAUUCUCCUAAAAAGAGCUUGCUAUCCACGCAUUAAAAAAAUAACUUCGAAGCAGAUGCCUACUUCGUUAAAGUCAUUGUUCUCAGGUGCCUUUGCUCAAAUGACUGUCCUCGCAAGAUAACCCCUUUUGGUGUGAAUCAACCUGGACCUUACAUUAAGUAUACAACUGUCGAUGCCAAUGGAUACUUGAAAAAUGGGUCGGCUGGACAGCUGAGUCAGUCUGCACAUUUCGCCCUGCAGCUCCCAUAUACCGUUUUAGGUUUGGGCCGAAGCGCUAAUUUUCUUGAUCAUUUAUUCGUCGGCAUCCCUCGUCCCUCUGGGGAAAAGGUAUGCUACCCGAAACAAGAAUGGACAGCCAUCAUCCCAAAUUCCCAGCUUAUUGUCAUUCCGUUUCCUCAUCACCUGCCUCGAAGCUGGAGCGCUAAGCUGUACCUGACCCCGAGUAACAUUGUACUGCUGACAGCAAUUGCCUUAAUUGGAGUCUGUGUCUUCAUUUUAGCCAUCAUUGGCAUCCUGCACUGGCAAGAGAAGAAAGCGGAUGAUCGCGAGAAAAGGCAGGAAGCGCACCGAUUCCAUUUCGAUGCAAUGUGAUCAACCUUUGUAACUCGAUGGAGGAACUGAUAUUCGAUCCAGACUAACCUACCGAAUCACAUACAGACUGAAGGAAGCGUUUUGCUGUGGUAUUUGUAAAUGUUGAGAUGUUGUCGUUGGUUUGUUUUCCCCCCCCUCUUCCUUUUAAUUUAUUUGUAAAGCUAUAACCUCGAGCCCAUUUCAAGGGACGGAUUGUAUAUAUUCACCAUUGUCUUUUAUUGAACAAAUUCCUCUCCCUGACGUUGAUCUUACUGCAUGCAUUCCGUAUUCUCACUUCCUUUCCACGUAACUGUCUUUCCUGAAAAGACGGUUCUGCGUAAAUUGAAGUUUCAGUGAGCCAAAAAAAUACCCCGACCCCUAGUGCCACUUGAAUAAGUCCAAUCAUCCUUUAUUUCUUUCCAAAAUAUGACUUCCAUGUUUAUAAUUUAAUCCUCCAGCAAACUGUUAGAUUGUUCAGAUUGCACUGGAAGAUCUUUUCUUUCUUUCUUUCUUUCUUUUUAACUUGAAAUGCUUUGGAUUGUUUGUCUUAAUCUUUAUCUCCAAUCAAGUGCAAAGAAAAGCUUCAUUUCGGAAGAUUAAAGCGCCCUAAUAAUAUCAGAGCAAAGACUGAUCGCAGAUCAGAAACCAAUCAACAUAAUGCAGCCUGCCUUUUGAAAUUAUGCCAACCCUAAAAAUUCAUCCUCUGCAGGAUAGACCCCCUUACUCGUAGUUAUCAUGCAAUUAUCCUAAAUCUUAAUCAUGAAAACAGCCGAUAGGUAAAAAAGAAAAUUUUUAAAAAAAUGUUCUUGGGGAAAGGAUCAAGGAAAAAUUGUGCCUCUCCACAGCCUGUUACGAUGAAGGGCUGGAUUAGGUUAUAUUAUGAUUUCCUUCUAAUCAGAGGUGGGUUCCUAACCGGUUCGCAUCAGUUUGGUGGAACCGGUCGUGGAAACGGAGACUGGGUCUCCGAACCAAUGUGGACGGCAUGCUCGCCACGCCCCUGAACUGUUUCCCCACUCGUCGCGACAUCUUUUUUUUUUGACCUUUUAAAAUGUUCUCCGCAUGCGGAGAACUAAUAGAAUAGGCAGCUGCACAAUUGUGUGUGUGAGAGAGAGAGAGCACCAAAAUUGCGUGCGCACCGAACCGGCAGGAAUGUCGCCAGAAACCCUCCCCUGCCUCUAAUCUUCUCGUUGCAUACUGAACCAUGUCUAUGCGGAAAGAGAACUCCAGCGUUUUCCGAAUAAGAAUUAAGCUGCGGCUAUUUGAUUAAGAAAACUAUUGGAAGCAGCCUUUUAUGUAAAAGCUCUGUUGCUUUCUUCCUUACAUUUGGUUUAUGGUUUUUUUUUAAAACAUUCUUGGCUGUAUUCCUAAUAAACACUGUCCAUUACGUUAA